UUUCCCCAGACCAAUGUUUGCCUAGUAAUUAGGCUCAAUCUCAGCCUCGUCGUAGGAGCCUAACGGCCACUUCAUUCCCCCUGCCAAUCGCUUGGAUCUCCCUCCCACAAACGAUUGAUCGAUGUGUGUCUCAUCCCAGAGGUCACCGGAGCACGAGCAAAUAUAAUUUUUCGUAUCCAAGUGGCUCGCGAUGCGUCCCACAAAUAAUUCUACGCGUUGGCUCGGACGAGGCUUUGAGCCUCCAAUCUAAUUAGUACAACUAGUAUAUAAGAAUGCGCCCGGGGAUACAAAUAUCUAAGAUAAUUUGUUCCUUUCAAGCCUACACUCCAGCGCAAGACUUUUUAUUGAAACAGUUUAUUUCGACAUAACUUCUCAACCGUACCUAUCACAAUGGCCGAGAACGCAAACCCACCAGCAGCAGCAGUUCCUGCCUCCCCGGAACAACAAACCGAAACCCACGAGCUUCCCUCCAGAGAGCUGCCUGAAUGUGCGCAACCUCCAACCGAAAAGACGCCUGAGAUCCAACCACAUCAGCCCCAGCAGACCUUUUACGCAGGCUCUCAACACCCGAGCGGCUAUAAUACGCCGACUCCACUGUAUGCACUGCAGAAAACGCCAGCACCUGUCGAUUGUCCGGCCUGCGGAGAGCGGAAAAUGACUCGCGUGGAGGCCGAAACGGGCAGUUCAACUCAUGCUUGGGCCGCAGUGCUCUGCUGCUGCCUGUGUCUAGGAUGUAUUCCAUAUAUGGUGUCGUCGCUGAAGGACCAGUGCCAUUACUGUGGAAGUUGUGGUGCCUUGUU